AUCAACAACAGUUCAGCCCACCCGAGCAACCUCAACAGGACUUCGUCUUGUUCGACCACCCUCGGACCAAUCAACCUAGGCACUCAGCUGCACAAGCUGCCUUUAGUCUCAACCAACGUCGUCACUCGUCUCAUCAUCUUCGCCAGCACCAAGCGCAAGGUCGCGUACAGCCUCAUCACAACCAUCGAUUCGCUCGGAUUCAGGCUUCUGGCCCACUUCUACGCUUCAUCCGCCCCGUCCUCCUCGGCCGCAUUGAAUCGUCGUCAGCGCCCGCCUGUCCCGUUGUUUUCCCAGAGCAGUCACGAACAAGUAACUCCCAAGAUGGACCUGCAAGACUUGGAUCUUGAUGACUUUACUGGCUUUGAGGGCGGCGCCUCUACCACCUACUCAUCGCCCGUCAUGCCCUCUGUCUUUGACCUCGGCGGAAGCGCGUCUGGUGCCAGUCACUUGGGAACAGUGUCUCCUCAGGACUUGCUUAUCCAGGAGCCCUUCAUGUCUGCUCCAAAUUCGACGGCUUUGACAGCUUUGACCUCGCCCUCUGUCUACAACGAGUCUCCGGAGUUUAACGAUAGCUAUGAUGUCUCUCCCAACUUCGGUACUGGCGACUUCGGCACUGGUGAUUUCGACUCUGCCUCGGGUGACUCAUGGUUUCCAUUGUUCCCCCAAGAUCCAGCACCAGCCAGUAAGGACGCUGUUGCCGACAAACAGCAACUGGUCGAGCAGUCGUCUGCCACCAAUGCUGAUGACCUCGAGGUUGUUGAGUGCUCGUCUUCCUCUGGACAUCGCAAAUCUGCCAACUCAUCUCCCUCCGGCUCCGCACGUCAUUCCUCCGUUUCGGGUGUUAACUCUCGUCGACGAGACAAGCCGUUGCCUCCCAUCAUCGUUGAGGACCCCAGUGACACUAUCGCCAUGAAGCGAGCUAGGAAUACCCUUGCUGCUCGCAAGUCUCGCGAGCGCAAGGCACAACGGUUUGAAGACCUUGAGGAGAAAAUCCGCAAAUUGGAAGCGGAGCGCGAUCACUGGAAGAGCAUUGCUUUGGGUCGUUCUUGAAUUGUCGGGCUGGAACGUAUUAGUGAACUUGGAGGGGAUCCCCAGACCGCAUGUGGUCCAUUUUCUCCCUUCAUCUUUAUUUCCUUCAAU